UCUUAUUGUGGUGCGGCCCCUUUUUUCUGAGGUGCGCGGGUCCUGUUUCCCAGUUUAUGGUGGUGGUUCUAACCCGGGCUGUUGGGACCGAUGGCUCAGACACCACUGCGCCUCUUGGCUUGUGGAGAUGUUGAAGGAAAGUUUGAUGUUUUAUUCAAUAGAGUUCGAGCAAUUCAGAAGAAAAGUGGAAACUUCGAUCUGCUGUUGUGUGUAGGAAAUUUCUUUGGCUCCACUACAAGUGCUGAAUGGCAGGAGUAUAAAACUGGCAUCAAGAAAGCUCCUAUUCAGACAUAUGUACUAGGUGCCAACAACCAGGAAACAGUAAAAUAUUUCCAAGAUGCUGAUGGGUGUGAAUUAGCUGAAAACAUUACUUAUCUGGGUCGUAAAGGUGUCUUCACUGGAAGCUCGGGGCUGCAGAUUGUGUACCUCAGUGGGACAGAGUCCUUAAAUGAGCCAGUCCCAGGUUAUAGUUUUAGUCCCAAGGAUGUGUCUUCCCUGAGGACAAUGCUGUGUUCAACACCCCAGUUUAAGGGUGUUGAUAUCUUGCUCACAUCCCCGUGGCCCAAGUAUGUGGGGAACUUUGGGAAUUCUUCUGGAGAAGUGGAUUCCAAAAAGUGUGGCUCUGCUUUGGUCUCCAGUCUCGCCACAAGCUUGAAACCAAGAUACCAUUUUGCUGCUUUGGAAAAGACCUAUUAUGAGAGGCUUCCAUAUCGAAACCACAUCGUUCUGCAGGAAAACGCACAGCAUGCCACCAGGUUCAUAGCUCUGGCAAAUGUUGGAAAUCCAGAAAAGAAAAAGUAUCUUUAUGCAUUCAGCAUUGUUCCCAUGAAACUAAUGGAUGCAGCAGAACUGGUCAAACAGCCUCCAGAUGUCACUGAAAACCCUUAUAGGAAAUCUGGGAAGGAAGGAUCCACAGGAAAGCAAUUUCCUGCCCCUGAGGAAGAGUCAGCCUGUCAAUUUUUCUUUGAUUUAAGCACAAAACAGGGAAGGAAGCGCUCAUCUACAGGCAGAGACAGCAAGUCUCCUCACCCAAAGCAGCCUCGCAAACCCCCUCAGCCUCCAGGACCCUGCUGGUUUUGCCUUGCCAGCCCUGACGUGGAGAAGCAUUUGGUGGUCAACAUUGGCACACAUUGCUACCUUGCCUUGGCCAAAGGAGGCUUGUCUGAUGACCAUGUCCUGAUCCUGCCCAUUGGACACUACCAGUCAGUGGUGGAGCUUUCAGCAGAGGUGGUGGAAGAGGUGGAGAAAUAUAAGACCACACUGAGGAAGUUCUUCAAGAGUCGAGGGAAACGGUGUAUUCUGUUUGAGAGAAAUUAUAAAAGCCAUCACCUCCAGCUACAGGUCAUUCCUGUGCCACUCAGCCGCUGUGCUACUGAUGACAUUAAAGACGCCUUCAUUACCCAGGCACAGGAGCAACAGAUAGAGCUGUUGGAAAUCCCAGAGCAUUCUGACAUCAAGCAGAUUGCACAGCCAGGAGCAGCAUAUUUUUAUGUUGAACUUGAUACAGGAGAGAAGCUUUUCCACAGGAUUAAAAAGAAUUUUCCUUUGCAGUUUGGAAGGUGAGACAAUCAGGACUCGGAGAUGAAACUGUUUAAAUCAUAGACAGCCCGUGACAGCUAGGAGUGGAAUCGUCUCUGAUAUUCCUGACACCAGGGCCUGCCCCCUUCUGGGCCAUGUUGCUUCUCUACGUACCAGUAAAUGUAGUUCCAAGUUGUUCAGAGAAGUAAAUGGGAUUUGGGGGGUUAGGAAAGAGAUAGGAUCUGAGCUGGUCACUUAAAACGAGUAUAAUUUUAGUAGAAUGGCAGAGAAGGCAUGCAGUGCAAGAGAAAACGGUAUGAGUAGAGUCAGAGGAAUUUGCAGGCCUUGUUUGGGCGAUGCUGAGGAGAGGCCUCUGGCUGGGGGGGAAAAGAAGCAGGAUGGGGGUUUUCAGGCUGAUCCUGUCUGUUUUGAUUCCUUUGUGCUCUUUGCGCAGGGAGGUCCUGGCCAGUGAAGCCAUCCUUAAUAUUCCUGACAAGUCUGACUGGAGGCAGUGUCAGAUCAGCAAGGAAGAGGAAGAGACCCUGGCUCGC